AUGACUGGCGGGCCAUUGUCACAAAGCAUUGUGGACAAGCCAAAGAAGCCAAAGUGCGGGUUUGGUGUGACAUAUUUGGCGCAGGACAACAGCAGCGACACCCUCGUAUCGGUGAAAUGCAUUGACAAGUCACGUGUGCUGGAAGACAACUGGGAGCCAUUGCCCGAUUCCCUUCAUCUCGAACGCAUCGACAACGACGCAGCACCUGCUGGGCGGUUACCACGGGAGAUUGCGCUGCUGCUGCGCCUCGAUCACCCCAACAUUCCACACGUCAUCGCCGUCUACCACAACGCCACAUUCUUCCAGAUGGUGGUGCCGUCGCACGAGCCGGCCUUUGAUCUCUUCCGCUUCAUUGACGAAAACCCGGCUGUGGAGGAGCCGAUUGCGUCACACAUCUUCAGACAGUUCAGGCAGUUGCUGCAGUGA